CCUGACGAGGCUUGCUGCGCUCAUUACCACCGAGCGCCGGUCCGCUAAGGCGGAGAAAAUGAAGAACGAAAUCGCUGCUGUAGUCUUCUUUUUCACAAGACUGGUUCGAAAACAUGAUAAAUUGAAAAAAGAAGCAGUCGAGAGGUUUGCUGAGAAAUUGACCCUGAUACUUCAAGAAAAAUAUAAAAAUCACUGGUAUCCAGAAAAACCAUCAAAAGGACAAGCCUACAGAUGCAUUCGUGUCAAUAAGUUUCAGAGAGUUGAUCCUGAUGUCCUGAAAGCCUGUGAGAACAGCUGCAUCUUGUACAGUGACCUGGGCUUGCCAAAGGAACUCACUCUAUGGGUGGACCCAUGUGAGGUGUGCUGUAGGUAUGGAGAGAAAAAUAAUGCAUUCAUUGUUGCCAGCUUUGAAAAUGAGGAUGAGAACAAGGAUGAGAUUUCCAAGAAAGUUACCAGGGCCCUUGAUAAGGUUACCUCUGAUUAUCAUUCAGGAUCCUCUUCUUCAGAUGAAGAAACAUGUAAGGAAGUGGAAGUGAAACCAAAUUCUGUGGCUGCGACCCCCAGCCCUGUGUACCAGAUUUCGGAAUUGAUAUUCCCACCUCUUCCAAUGUGGCACCCGUUGCCCAGAAAAAAGCCAAUAAUGUAUCGAGGGAAUGGCAAUCAAAGUCACUACCCUCCUCCCAUUCCAUUUGGUUAUCCAAAUCAGGGACGGAAGAAUAAACCAUAUCGCCCAAUUCCAGUAACAUGGGUACCUCCUUCUGGAAUGCAUUGUGACCGCAAUCACUGGAUUAAUCCUCACAUGUUAGCACCUCACUAGCUGCUUUUGUCUGUUGGUGUCAUGUUGAGAGAAGGUAGAAUAAGCC